UUUUUUUCUUCUCGUUCUUUAACUCUUCAACUUCACAUUUAUACCAAUAAUAAUCGAUCAUGUCCGUCCCUACUGCCAACUUGGCCACUUUCAAGAUCCCCGCUGUCACCAAUGAGCCCAUGAAAACCUACUCUUCUGGCUCUGCUGAGCGCGCUGGUCUUGAAGCUGCAUUGAAGGAACUCCGUGGUCAGGUUCCCCUUGACAUUCCUUGCAUUGUCAAUGGAGAAGAGGUCCGCACCGGAAUCAUUGAAAAGCAGGUCAUGCCCCAUGAGCACAAGACCAUCGUCUGCAACUAUCACAACGCUGACGAGGUCCUUGUUACCAAGGCUAUCGAUGGUGCUUUGGCUGCCAAGCAGGACUGGGAGAACACUCCCUUUAAUGAUCGCGCUGCCAUCUUCUUGAAGGCGGCUGAUCUUAUUUCUACCAAGUAUAGAUACAAGAUCAUGGCUGCCACCAUGUUGGGUCAGGGUAAGAACGCUUGGCAGGCAGAGAUUGACUCUGCUGCCGAGACAUGCGACUUCUUGCGCUUUGGUGUAAAGUAUGCUGAGGAGCUCUAUACUGUCCAGCCUCCCCAGAACUCCAAUGGUACCUGGAACCGCACAGAGUACCGUCCUUUGGAGGGCUUCGUCUUCGCUGUUUCGCCCUUCAACUUCACUGCUAUCGGUGCCAACUUGGUGGGUGCCCCCGUCUUGAUGGGCAACGUCUGCGUCUGGAAGCCUGCCCCUGCUGCUACCUACGCUUCAUACAUUGUCUACCAGAUCAUGCGUGAGGCAGGUCUUCCCGCUGGUGUCAUCCAGUUCAUCCCCGGUCCCGCUCCCGAAGUCGUCGGCCAGGUCUUGAAGCACCCCGACUUUGCUGCUUUGCACUUCACCGGUUCCACUCAUGUCUUCCGCAAGCUCUGGAAGGACAUUGGCAACAAUAUUGAGAACUACAAAUCCUACCCCCGUAUCGUUGGUGAGACUGGAGGUAAGAACUUCCACAUGGUCCACAAGACAGGCAACGUCAAGUCGGUUGUUCACAACACCAUCCGCUCUGCCUUUGAGUACCAGGGCCAGAAGUGCUCUGCAUGCUCCCGUGCCUACUUCCCUGACAACCUCUGGCCCGAGAUCAAGGCUGGUCUUAUUGAGGCUCACAAGCGCCUUCAGGUGGGCAGUGUUGAGGACUUUAAGAACUUUAUGGGCCCUGUCAUCAACCAGCAGUCGUUCGACAAGAUCAAGGGUUACAUCGAUUGGGCUAAGAGUGAUGCCGAGUCUGAGAUCAUUGCCGGCGGUUCCUACGAUGACUCUGUUGGCUACUUUGUCCAGCCCACUAUCAUUGUUACUACCAACCCCAAGUCUCGCACCAUGAUGGAGGAGAUCUUUGGACCUAUUGUUACGAUCUAUGUGUAUAAGGCUGAUGAGUACGAGAGCACUUUGGACUUGGUUGCUAAUUCUUCUGCCUAUGCUUUGACUGGAGCUUUGUUCUCUCAGGAUCGCUAUGCUACCAUCUUGGGAGCCAACAAGCUCCGCCAUGCUGCUGGUAACUUUUACAUCAAUGACAAGUGCACAGGAGCUGUUGUUGGUCAGCAACCUUUCGGAGGUGGACGUGCUUCAGGCACGAACGAUAAGGCAGGAUCUGCCUCUAUCUUGUCCCGCUUUGUCUCCCCACGCUCCAUCAAGGAGUCCUUUGUGGACUUGGACGACUUUGUCUAUCCUUCCAACUUGGCUUAAAGGAAUUCAAUUAUUAUUAUUUUUUUUUGUAAAAAAAACAUUUUGCAUGUAACAAAUUACACUCCCACUCACCCAUUCAAUAGUUUAAAGUUUU